CAGCCGGUAGGUGCCGGGGUGGCCGCUAGUCCCGGUCCGUCUGUCCCCGCCGUGCGGGGAGAUCCACGGGGGCUGGCCCGGACGGUGCUUCCGCCGCCCUCCCUUCCUCCGCAACGAUCGUCCCUGGGCUGCGGAGAUUCAGCCGGGUGCGGGGCUGGGGCAGUCCGAGGCGCCGGUAGCAGGGGACGUUGUGGGUGUGUGCAGCCUCCCAGAUCCCUCAGCGGUGGGGCCCGCGGUGCGCCCCGCGAGCGAGUGGCGGCAGCCAGGGCGAGCCUUGCCGGAGGGGCUUCUGUGAAGGAGCGGCGCUGCCUCGCUUAGGGCUGAGGGUAUCUGCAUACAGAAAUAAACUGAUACCUCUGGUACUUCUAACUCCAAACAAGAUGAAGAUGCCCUCUUUGCUGCUGAGAUUCCCACAUUGUUAUUUCUCUAGAAGAACUUACUUCAUGAACUUCCACAUUGCAUCCAGAGCAGAUUUGCUGUGCAUUACAUCUCUUACGCCAGUGCACUCCUAUCGUACAAAAUGGAUAUGGGCAUCAAAUGGUCUGAGGAGAGAGCUGUGUCAACAAGCAGCCCCUGACGAGCACAUAGAGGGACUUUCUGACAGAGAGCAAAGGCUGGUAGACAGACUUUACAAUGGAUUAAUCCAGGGUCAUAGAGCGUGUUUAGCAGAAGCUAUCACACUUAUAGAAUCAACUCAGAGUAGGAAGAAGAAAAUAGCCCAGGUGCUUCUUCAGAAGGUAUUAUCCUACCACAGGGAACAAGAAAAGUUAAAUCAAGGAAAACCACUUGCCUUUAGAGUGGGAUUGUCUGGUCCUCCUGGUGCUGGGAAAUCGACUUUCAUAGAAUGCUUUGGGAAAAUGCUUACAGAAAGAAAAUACAAAGUGUCUGUGUUGGCUGUAGACCCUUCCUCUAGUACUAGUGGUGGUUCUCUGUUGGGCGACAAGACACGGAUGACCGAGUUGUCACGAGACAUGAAUGCAUACAUCAGGCCGUCUCCAACCAGAGGGACACUGGGAGGUGUAACGAGGACCACAAAUGAAGCCAUUCUGUUGUGUGAGGGAGGAGGCUAUGACGUUGUUCUUGUGGAAACAGUAGGUGUGGGACAGUCAGAAUUUGCUGUGGCUGAUAUGGUCGAUAUGUUUAUAUUGCUGCUACCACCUGCAGGUGGGGAUGAGCUACAGGGUAUCAAACGGGGUAUAAUUGAGAUGGCAGAUCUAGUUGCUAUAAAUAAAGCUGAUGGUGAUUUAAUUGUCCCUGCACGGAGAAUACAAGCUGAGUAUGUUAGUGCUAUGAAGCUGCUUCGCAAACGUUCAAAGGUUUGGAGACCAAAGGUAAUGCGCAUCUCUGCCAAAACUGGAGAAGGAAUCUCAGAUAUGUGGGAUAAAAUGACAGAAUUCCGUGACCUCAUGCUCACAAGUGGCGAGUUGAUUGCCAAACGCCGGAAACAGCAGAAAGUAUGGAUGUGGAAUCUCAUCCAAGAAAAUAUGUUGGAACAUUUCCGGAGUCACUUGGCAGUCAAGGAUAAGAUUCCCCUUCUAGAAGAAAAAGUUCUUAGUGGUGUCUUGUCUCCUGGGCUGGCAGCCGACCUGCUAAUGAAGGCAUUCAAAGAUGGACUCUAAGCAUUAUAACCUACUCUGUUUUUGCAAAGUCCUUCGUGUAAACGUGAACAUUAAAUACGGUUUUUCUAUGUGUGGAUUCAAAUGUUUUACUACAGCAGACAUUAAUAGAAUACCUGCCAAGUAUUCUUCAAAAUAAUACUGUAGGAGUUUGCAUAUGUGAGGAUCGUGACAAAUCCAAGCCCUCAGAGAUUACUACAGACUAUACUGGGAAAAAAAAAGUGCAUUUCUAUGUCUUCUGUUUAUACACAGCAUAGAGCUGUUGAUAAAAAAAUUGUAUCUGUGUCAAAA